CGUGCCUCCACCAACCGCCCAUUAAACCCCUCGACUCCACCUCUGCUCGCCUUAUCCCCUGGCCGAAGUCGAAAACCAGAACAGAGCUCUGCCUCCGUCUUCGUCGUCUAAUUUGGGCUACGGUUUCUUCCGUCGAUCGUCGAUGGCGUUUUCCGCCCAAAUACACGCUCUCGGCUCCCCCACCGCCGCCGCCACCUUUCCUUCCACUAAGAAGCCCUUCUCCUCCUCUGCUUUCCUCUUCUUCGGUCCGAACGACGUCAAAGAAGCCCGCCUCAGCAUGCGGAGGAGCAGCCGUCGCCGCGGCGGCCACGCUCCUCUCCGCGUGGUGUGCGAAAAGGUGGUGGGGAUCGACCUGGGAACCACCAACUCGGCCGUGGCCGCGAUGGAGGGCGGGAAGCCCACGAUCGUGACUAAUGCCGAGGGCCAGCGGACGACGCCAUCCGUGGUGGCGUACACCAAGAACGGGGACCGGCUUGUGGGUCAGAUCGCCAAGCGUCAGGCGGUCGUGAACCCGGAGAACACCUUCUUCUCGGUGAAGCGAUUCAUCGGGCGGAAGAUGUCAGAGGUGGAUGAGGAGUCGAAGCAAGUCUCCUAUCGCGUGGUGAGGGAUGAGAACGGGAAUGUAAAGCUUGAUUGCCCUGCCAUUGGCAAACAGUUCGCAGCUGAAGAGAUAUCAGCUCAGGUCUUGAGAAAGCUUGUGGAUGAUGCAUCUAAAUUUUUAAAUGACAAGGUUACCAAAGCCGUGAUUACAGUGCCUGCAUACUUUAACGACUCUCAAAGGACAGCAACAAAAGAUGCUGGGCGUAUUGCUGGUCUGGAUGUCCUUCGUAUCAUCAAUGAGCCAACAGCUGCAUCAUUGGCAUAUGGAUUUGAGAAGAAAAAUAAUGAAACAAUUCUAGUGUUCGACUUGGGAGGUGGAACUUUUGAUGUUUCAGUUCUUGAGGUUGGUGAUGGUGUGUUUGAGGUGCUCUCUACAUCUGGAGAUACCCAUCUCGGUGGUGAUGACUUUGACAAGAGAAUUGUUGACUGGCUUGCUGCAAACUUUAAGAGAGAUGAAGGUAUUGAUCUUUUGAAAGACAAACAGGCCCUUCAAAGACUCACUGAAACAGCAGAGAAGGCCAAGAUGGAAUUGUCUACCUUGACUCAGACAAAUAUCAGUUUACCAUUUAUUACUGCAACUGCUGAUGGCCCCAAACAUAUAGAGGGUACACUUACAAGAGCAAAAUUUGAGGAAUUGUGUUCCGACCUUCUUGAUAGGCUUAGGACUCCUGUGGACAAUGCCCUGAAAGAUGCAAAACUUUCAUUCAAGGACUUAGAUGAAGUAAUUCUUGUUGGUGGAUCAACUCGAAUGCCAGCAGUUCAGGAGCUUGUUCGGAAUAUGACAGGAAAAGAACCUAAUGUUACUGUCAAUCCAGAUGAGGUUGUCGCUCUUGGUGCUGCUGUCCAGGCAGGGGUAUUGGCUGGCGAUGUCAGUGAUAUUGUUCUUCUAGAUGUUACACCGCUGUCUCUUGGUCUGGAGACAUUGGGUGGGGUGAUGACAAAGAUCAUUCCCAGGAACACAACAUUGCCAACAGCCAAAUCAGAAGUCUUUUCUACAGCAGCUGAUGGACAGACCAGUGUCGAGAUAAAUGUUCUUCAGGGCGAAAGAGAGUUUGUGAGGGACAAUAAAUCACUUGGCAGCUUCCGUCUUGAUGGUAUCCCACCUGCCCCACGUGGGGUCCCACAGAUCGAAGUCAAGUUUGACAUUGAUGCCAAUGGCAUUCUUUCUGUUACUGCUGUGGACAAGGGCACUGGGAAGAAACAAGACAUCACGAUUACCGGGGCUAGUACUUUGCCCAGUGAUGAGGUGGUGAGAAUGGUCAAGGAAGCUGAGAAGUAUGCCAAAGAGGACAAGGAGAAAAGGGAAGCCAUCGAUACUAAGAACCAAUCUGAAUCUGUGAUCUACCAGACCGAAAAACAACUGAAGGAGCUUGGAGAUAAAGUGCCUGCUUCUGUCAAGGAAAAGGUGGAGGCAAAGCUCAAGGAGCUUAAAGAUGCUGUUGCCGGUGGAUCGACCCAGAGCAUGAAGGAUGCCAUGGCUACCCUGAACCAGGAGGUGAUGCAGCUUGGGCAGUCACUUUACAACCAACCACCAGGUGCUGCUGGAGCUGGACCUGCUUCUGCGGAUGGUGCUGGAUCUUCUGCAGAAUCACCUGGCAAGGGUCCCGACAACGGUGAUGUGAUUGAUGCAGAUUUUACUGACAGCAAGUGAGGCCGCACCUCCAGUAAAUAUAUUGGUGAGCAGGACUUCCACAAAAUGUGCAUAGAGUAAGGUGUUUCCGCAGGUCAGGUGGGGAUUCAGACACAGGACUAGGGAAUUAGGCCUGUAUGGAACUUAAUCCCACCUUUCCUUGUAUGUUAAUUAUAGAAUGAGGUACAUAAAAUAGGGUAAAGCUCCCAAAAGGCAAUUAUUUGUGCAUCAAGAUUUUGUAGGAAACUAAUUUUGAUCAUUAGUCGAUCAUGGAUCUGUAAGAGACGACUAGUGAAAAAAGUGUGAUAAAGAUUCCCAUCCGCAAA